AUGGAAAUGGAAUCUGAUCAAACUAACAUUACUAAUAUAACCACCACAACAACUUUAACCGCAAAUCCCAGUGUUAAUCCUCCAAAUAUACAACAACUUGCAUCUGCCAAUUCGGUAACAAAUACAGCCCCAGCUACUACAGCUAAUGUAGUUACUAUUCCUGUACCCAUUGUAAAUAACGAAGGCACUUAUGCUUAUAUAACUGUUAAAGGUUCUUUACAUGACCGUUCUUGUUCUGUUUUUGGUUUGAAUGACACCGAAAUACAGGCGCUAUCGAAACGUUUCGAAAACAGUGUUAAACCCGUGGUGAAUGGUGUUAUGGUAUCAGCCUCUCCUCUUGUUAUGCUUAAUACCUUGGCACAAUUGAGCUAUAAAGUUGUUUGCAGUUGUGGAGAAGCUGAAAUCUGUUGGACUAUGCAACGUGAAAUCUAAUAAAAAUUGAAAUUAUAAAAUAAUAAAAAAAAGGAAAAGAAAA